AUGGGCUGUUUUAGUUCGAAAAAGAAGGAAGAAGGUCAUAAAGAAGGUAAAAAAGAAGAGUCAAAAGCUCCAGCUGGUCAGGAUCCUACUAAGGUUCCUGCUAACCAAAAGGUAGCUGUUCAAAAAUUCCCAUACCAUUCAGAUCUAGAGGCAGGAAAGAACUAUUAUUACUGUGAUUGCGGAAGAUCCAAGAAUCAGCCUUUCUGUGAUGGAAGCCAUACUGGGACGCCUUUCACUCCAAUUGCUUUUACCGUAAAUGAAACCAAAACUUAUUAUAUCUGCGGCUGCAAGCAGACUAAAAAUGCGCCUUACUGUGAUGGCACCCAUAAGAAGAUUGAUUGGUAA